AUGGACUUUAUCAAGCGGAUGGUCCAAGAGACCCAAGACUCCCUAUCCGACGAGGCCCUCCUUCCGUUGAAGUCCUACAAAUACUCCAGCGUGGACAAAUCCCCGAUCUCCAAUUACAUUCUCAAGCACUACUGGAAUGCCUUCGUUGAGCUUGUGCCCAUGUGGAUGGCCCCUAAUAUGGUCACUCUACUUGGUUUCAUGUGGAUUGUGGCCAACGUCUUUUUGAUUGUUCUGCUCGUGCCUGAUCUUACGGGGCCGGCUCCCGGGUGGCUUUACUUUAGUUUCGCCCUUGGCAUGUGGAUGUACUCUACUUUGGAUAAUGUGGAUGGAAAACAAGCUCGCAGGACAGGAACCUCGAGCGGGUUGGGUGAACUUUUUGAUCACGGAAUUGAUUCUCUGAACUGUACUCUGGCCAGUCUUUUGGAGACUGCUGCUAUGGGAUUCGGUGCUUCCCAGCUCGGUGCAUACACCGCACUUGUACCUUGCCUGGCGAUGUACUUUUCGACUUGGGAGACUUUCCACACCCACACCCUGUACUUGGGAUACUUCAAUGGACCCACUGAAGGGCUUCUUAUUGCUAUCUCUCUUAUGAUCGCCUCUGGAAUUUGGGGACCCGGAAUCUGGUCUCAGCCUAUCACUGAUCUCAUCAAUAUCCCCCAAAUCUUCGGCGAGAACUCCGUUAAGGAUCUCUGGGUGCCAAUUCUUUCUGUCGGAUUUUUCCUCGGUCAUCUACCAGGGUGUGUGCUGAAUGUGUAUUCCGCCCGGAAGGCGCACGGUCUGCCAUUCACUCCUGUCAUGAAGGAGUGGGUGCCCAUGAUCAUUUUCACCCUAUGCAACAUUGCCUGGCUCUUCUCUCCUUACUCGCAUCUUCUUACUGACAACCACCUGGUUCUCUACUGCUGGGUCAUCGCAUUUGUGUUUGGUCGCAUGACCACCAUGAUCAUCCUGGCUCACUUGUUGCGCCAAGAGUUCCCACUCUGGACCAUUCUGCAAGCUCCUCUCAUCGGUGGUGUUAUCCUCGCCAACUUGCCUCGUGUCGGUCUCCCAAUGGUUGCUGCCUGGGUUGAAAUCUGGUACCUGCGCUUGUACUUGGUUUUCGCCUUUGUGAUUUACAUGCACUGGGCUGUCUUGGUCAUCAACCGUAUCACCACUUUCCUCGGCAUUAACUGCCUUACCAUUCGCAAAGACCGAUCUGCCGCUCGUGAUAGAGUCUACCGCGACUUCGGCGAAGCCGGCUUGCCUUUGAACUCCAUGGGCAAUGCCCAGGCUGAGGAAGAGGAUGAAAAUGACUUCAAGAACCACUAA